AUGUGUGACGAAGAAGAGUGUGCUCUCGUCUGCGACAAUGGCUCCGGCAUGGUCAAGGCCGGCUUCGCCGGUGACGACGCUCCCCGCGCCGUCUUCCCCUCCAUCGUUGGCCGAGCUCGUCACCAGGGUGUGAUGGUCGGUAUGGGUCAGAAGGACGCCUACGUCGGCGAUGAGGCACAAGCCAAACGUGGUAUUCUCACUCUCAAGUACCCCAUCGAGCAUGGCAUCAUCACUAAUUGGGACGACAUGGAGAAGAUCUGGCAUCACACUUUCUAUAACGAGCUGCGUAUUGCCCCUGAGGAGUCCCCAGUCCUCCUGACGGAGGCUCCCCUCAACCCUAAGGCCAACCGUGAGAAGAUGACACAGAUCAUGUUCGAGACAUUCAGCUGUCCAGCCAUGUACGUGGCCAUCCAGGCCGUGCUGUCCCUGUACGCCUCUGGUCGUACCACAGGUAUCGUGCUGGACUCCGGUGAUGGAGUGUCCCACACUGUCCCCAUCUACGAGGGUUAUGCUCUUCCCCACGCUAUCCUUCGUCUUGACCUGGCUGGCCGGGACUUAACUGAUUACCUGAUGAAGAUCAUGACAGAGCGAGGAUACUCCUUCACCACCACGGCUGAACGUGAAAUCGUCCGUGACGUCAAGGAAAAACUUUGCUAUGUUGCCCUUGAUUUUGAAGGUGAAAUGAGUGUUGCAGCAGCCUCCUCGUCCUUAGACAAGUCUUAUGAACUCCCCGAUGGUCAGGUCAUUACUAUUGGUAAUGAGCGUUUCCGUGCUCCAGAGUCGCUCUUUCAACCAUCCUUCCUAGGGAUGGAAGCCUGUGGGAUUCAUGAAACUGUGUAUAAUUCUAUUAUGAAGUGUGAUGUUGAUAUUAGAAAAGACUUGUACGCCAAUACAGUCCUCUCUGGUGGUAGCACAAUGUAUCCAGGUAUUGCUGACCGAGUACAGAAAGAAAUAACAAACUUGGCUCCCUCCACCAUCAAAAUCAAGAUCAUUGCUCCUCCCGAGCGUAAGUACUCCGUCUGGAUCGGUGGCUCCAUCCUGGCCUCUCUCUCCACCUUUCAACAAAUGUGGGUCACCAAAGAGGAGUACGACGAAUCCGGCCCCAGCAUCGUCCACCGUAAAUGUUUCUAACUAGCAAACAAACGAACCUGGCUGAGUCUCGUAUUUAAUAAGAACAUAUUUUACCAAUGUUUUUGUACUUUUCGAAUAAAUUUUGUUUAUAA